AUGCAUCAAGUGAAGCGAAGAAAGCUAAAUAAAGAUGCUUCUCAAGAGUUUAAACCAGGAUUCCUCAAGACUGUCCGAGUAUGGAACUUUACCACUUAUUCCUACGGUGAAUUCAACUUAUCACCUGGAUUAAACAUGAUUAUUGGUCCUAACGGAAGUGGGAAAAGUACACUUGUUGCUUCUAUAUGUAUUGGGCUUGGAGGCAAGAUUGAUUUAAUCAAGCGAAAGAAUUUGAAAUCUAUAAUUAAAAUGGGCCAUGAGCGAGCCACGGUAGAGAUCACACUCCAGAAUGUGGAAAGUAAGGACGAUAUUACUAUUAAAAGGGAGUUCACUGAGAAGGAGUCAACGUGGUAUAUAAACGAUUCCAGGGUUACCGAGAGUAUGAUCAGAGAUUUACGAAGAAAGCUCAAUAUUCAACUAGACAAUCUUUGUCAUUUCUUGCCUCAGGAACGUGCAGCUGAAUUCGCAGCGUUAUCUCCUGAAAAGUUGCUCCUUGAAACUGAAAGAACACUAGGUGAUGGUCAUUUAUUAGAGAUUCAUCAAGAUUUAAUAAGCAAAGACAAUGCCAGUCAAGAACUUGCCAGAAAAGUUGAAGAAAUAACCAAUCGUCUAAAACAUUUACAUGAUGAAAAAGAGAAACUCGAACAAGAAGCCAAGAAAUUUGAAGAAUACGAAAAAAAGACAGAAGAAAUACAUAAUCAUAAAAUGUUGAUUCCUUAUGCUCAAUUAUCCGAUUUGAAACACCAAAUUAAAUCUCUCAAAGAAAAACAACAGGCUGCCAAACGGAAAGUUGCAGAGUUUGCAAACACCGUCAAGGGACUAGAAGAAGACAAAGCAGCCACAGAACAAGCUAUUGAAGAGACUGAAGAGCAAUUAGGUAGGCAUGAAACUACCAUUAACGACCUCCAAGGCCAAAUGGCUGAACAUACAAAAGAACAACAAAAAAUAAAAGAAGAAAUUGAUCAGUUACAAGCAAAUAGCAAUUCCUUAAAGAAUAAGGCUAGUGAGAAGAAAGCGGAAUUAACAAAGUUGCGUCGCGAUCUCAAUGAACAUAUCAAGAUGGAACAGACCAUGGAAGAAGUGGAUGAGAAUGAAAUUGCCCAGUUAAACGAAGUAACCAAGGACAAGACCAAAGAUAUCCGUAACUUACAAGAUCAAAUCACUCAGGAAAAAUAUGCCAAUGAAGCACUUAUGAAUGACUACAACCGAUUAAAGAAAAGAUUGGCCGAAGUGCAAAAGAAGCUUGAAAGCACUGAUAAAUUAGAUUUAUUAUCUAAUUCUCAAUACAGAAACAGACUUCGUGAUGAAUCAUUUGAAGGACAUCGAAAAUUACGAACAACUUCCCAACUUAAGGGGUGCUAUUUCGAAGCACCAGUUAUAAGUUGUGAUGUGACCGUACGUGAAUUCGCACCCGCAUUGGAAAAGAUUAUUGAUAAUAACACGUUAUUCUCAGUCACUACAUCCUCACAAGAGAACUAUAAGAAGAUUCAACACUUUUCAGCAGAAAUCCAAAAGAACUUCCCCUUAAGAUUGACCAAAGUAACUGAAAGACCUCAACCAUUCGUCAGUAAUGAAAAACUUAAACAAAUGGGAUUUGAUGGAUAUUUGGCUGAUUUUGUUCGUGGACCACAGGAAGUAUUGUGCAUGUUGUACGAUACUUCAAAAAUCCAUAAUAUUCCUAUAUCCAAGAAGCCGUUGCCAGCCAAAGUAAUUGAGAAAUUAACAACCCCUGAUCCCCAGACGAGUCGAGUUCCAUUUAUGAAAUUUAUUGCCGGUGAUACUCUCUUCAAUAUUCAACGAUCAAGAUAUGGAAAUAAACAGUUAUUUUAUAUCACGGAAAAGAUUGGUCGAUCAAAUUAUUUCAGCUCUCGAGGUAUGUCCCAAGAAAUGAAGGACCAGCUAGGCAAAGAAGUUCAACAAAUUAAGAAAGAAGGCGAGGGCAAAAAGCAAGCAAUUCAAGAACUGAUGGAAAAGAUUGAAUCAUACAAGAAGGAAGAGCAUGCAAUCAAGCAGGAAUUAGAACUGACCAAGCGCGACAGAGAUAAGUUACAAUCAGUCAAGAAUCAAAAGGCACGUCUAAGUGGGCUCAUUUCCAGCAAGAAGAAGCUAGUAAAAAAAGCGGAAGCUGAUUCCACCAAGGAUUAUACCGACAAGAUUAAACAGAUUGAAGCUAAGAUCCUCGUUAAAUUUGCUAAAUAUUCCAGCAUAGCUGAACAAACUACUGAACUUACACUGAAAGUUUCCGAAGAAAUGCUGGCAUAUAUUCUAACUAAAUUAAAGCAUUUAAAUUUGGCCAAUAGGAAAUUAUCAGCUGAAUCAUUGUUGGAAGAGCUUGAUGUUAGACGGCAGGAAUUAAUGGAAGAGUACAACAACAGUAAAGCAGAAUACGAUAAGUUAAAGAAAGGUGAUGCUGCUCGACAAAUUCAAGAACAAAGUAAGAAUUAUACCGAAGAUGAACGAGCAAUCUUAUCCGAAUUAGCAAACACGUAUAUGGAACAAAACACCUUCACCGAAGCAUUGUUGAUGCAAAAGAUUAACUUGUUGGAAGAUGAACGAUCUCUUAUGUCGACUGGUGAUCAUAGUUCUAUCGAAUCAUUAAAGACGAAAUUAAAGGACAUUGAAGUUGCAGAAAUUGAAUUACCGCGAAUUCAAACCGAGAAGGAAAGAUUAGAUAAACGUAUUGAUGAUAUUAGAUCACUGUGGGAGCCUGAAUUAUCUGAUCUUGUGAAGCAAAUUUCAUUAGCUUUCAAUAAGAGAUUUACUCAUGUAGCUAGUGAUGGGAUUGUGGAAUUGGCUAAACUGGACAGAUACAAGGAUUGGAAAUUGCAAAUUCUCGUUAAAUUCAGACAAGAGUCUGAAUUAAAAGUUUUGGAUAACCAAUCUCAGUCUGGAGGCGAGCGUUCAGUUUCAACAAUUUUCUUCAUUAUGGCAUUGCAAGGAUUGACCGAUGCUCCGUUUAGAAUUGUGGAUGAAAUCAAUCAAGGUAUGGAUCCAAAUAACGAGAAGAUGGCCCAUAGAUAUUUGGUUCAUACUGCAUGUAAAAACAACAAAUCCCAAUAUUUCUUGGUAACACCCAAAUUGUUGACAGGAUUAUAUUACCAUCCAAACAUGGUUGUUCAUUGUAUUUAUACCGGACCUCAAAUUGAAGUCGAUGAUAGAGAAGGAUUUUUGGAUUUUAUAAGUAAUGAAUAG